GUAAAGCAGCUGAAUCUUCUAUUGGCAGAGAUUCAGCCAUGGCGGAUGAUUUGGCCUUUCUGGAAGAGGAUUUGACAUGUCUCAUCUGUUGUGAUACCUUCACUGAUCCGGUUACUCUGAAAUGUAGCCACAGUUUGUGUGAGGAAUGUCUCCAGCGUUUCUGGACGACUCAGGACGUGCCGCAGUGUCCGGUCUGUCGCAAGGAAUGCUCUCACGACGAGCCCACCAAGAGCCUGCCGUUCAGAGCGCUCUGUGAGUCCUUCAAGAAGAGAAAACCCACAGCUGUUUCAGGAGAUGUUUGUCCAGAACAUGAAGAAAAGUUCAAACUCUUCUGCUUUGUGGAUCAGCAGCCCAUCUGUGUCGUCUGUUACACAUCAAAGAAGCAUGAAAAUCACAAGUGUACUCCUGUGGACGAGGCUGCUGGGAAUUUAAAGGAGGAGCUCAAGACUCAAAUGGAUAGACUGCAGGCGACAUUCGCUGACUUCAAGAAAGCCCGUGAGAGCUGCGUCAAACAGGUUGAGCUCAUUAAGGAAUGCACCAGUAUGGAUGAAAACCAGAUCAAGGAGGAAUUUGAGAAGCUCCAUGAAUUUCUUAGAGAUGAGGAGGAGAAACGCAUCAGAUCCUUGCAUAAAGAAACGAAACUUCAAGAUGAGAAACUCAAGGCCAGAAUUGAGGAGUUGUCCGCACAGAUAUCGGAUCUGUCUGAGAAUAUGGCAGCCGUCUGGCAGGACAUGGAAGCUGAAAACAUCACAUUUCUCCAGAAUUACAGGGAUACAUUAAAAAGACUCCAGCACCCAUCAGCACCAAACGUGACCCCUGAGCUACAGGAAUAUCAGCACUGUCCCAUUCAAACAGUGAUCUUCACCACCUGGGCCAGAAUGCAGAACCUUGUGCAACAGCCUGCUGUGACUCUGGACCCAGACACAGCAUCCAGUACACUGCAGGUGUCAGAGCAUUGCACCAGUGUUCAGUAUGUAGAAAAGAAAAUGUACGUGUCUGAUAACCCAGAGAGAAUGUAUGUGGGAGUGCUGGCCUCACAGGGCUUCAGCUCAGGUGUGCACUGCUGGGACGUAGAGGUAAGAGACAACAGCAACUGGACUCUGGGAGUGGUGGGGGAAACGGUGAACCGCAAAAAACAUUACAAAUUGUAUCCGAAGAAACAUUUUUGGUGUUUUCAUUACAUGAAUUCUACAUACAAGCAAGGAAAUAAUCCUGUCAGCGAUAUUAUAUACAAUGAGAGGCCAAAAAUCAUCAGACUUCAGCUGGACUUUGAUGAAGGAGAGCUAAGAUUCAUCGAUCCCCUCAGAAACAAAAGUUUGUGCACCUACACGAAUGGAUUUCCAGAGAGGGUGUUCCCAUAUUUUUGCACUGGAGAUGUGAGCACACCACUUAAAAUUUUCACAUCAGAUAAUCAAAAACCAGAAUCAGAAUGAGCUUUAUUGCCAGGUAUGUUUACACAUACGAGGAAUUUGUUUUCGUGACAGAAGCUUCCACAGUGCAAAAAAAUGACAGCGACAGAACAAAAAACACAGAUAAUAAAAAGAAGAAUUUAAAAAAAAGAAUAAGUAAAUAAGGAAUGAAAAUAUACAAAUUGACGAUUGUAUGUACAGGUAUAUUAUGUGCAAAUUGAAAUGUAGACUAAGUAUGUGUGUUAAAUAAAUAAGUGUAUAAAUGGUGUGUUCCACAAUUUUUGUCAAAAUUGAGUUAUUCACAUAUUCUUAUUCUGUGACAACUUAUUUACAUUGUGUGAUCUACGAAGUCGAACUCUAACUUGGUUCUAUAAGGUUCUAUCUGUGAAUCAGCCAAUCAGCAUUUCGAAUGCACGCAAGAGGACCAAUCAGGAUCAACGUUCUUUGUCAUGUCACCGGAUUGCUCCGUAACAGCAGGAAAGAUUAAACAUUAAACAGCAAUAAUUACGUGUAUCAAUAAGUGCAAUUCACCUUUAUUCCACAAAGCGGCACAGUUUAAAACAUAAUGAUGAUGUGAUUUUUCACUCAUAAUUAGGGCAUGCAUAAAACAAAUAAUCAUCUGCAAAAAUUGAACUGGCUUGAAUGGCUUUACUGCAGAGCAAUUACUGUACAUAAUGAAAUAUAGGUGUCACUGUCGUUUGAUGGUGGAUGCGGUGAAAAGCGAUCAAAAUGUUGUUUUUGAAGAUGCUGAAAACGAUAGUUUUGAGAAUAUAUUGAGAUCAUGAAUACGAGCCAGAUGUUGAAUCACUGGGGAAAUGAGCUCUGACGAUGGCAGUGAUGGUAAAAUCAUCUGCUCAAAUCGAACCCUUCUAAGUUGUAAGGUCUUAAUUACAACAAUAAACGUCAGCAUGUUAUCUCGGCCAUACUGAUCUAAAGAGAAAGCCAUUUUCCCACUUUUUGUGGAAUAAAGUCCUGGUCAGAUGGAUUAGAGUAACAGCCUUAACUGUUCCCUCAAUAAUGUGUGUUUAAUUACCCAAUAAUCCUAGCUAAAAUUAACAUUAGCACUGAACAAAAUAUUUAGUAUUGCCCUUUGUGCCUAACUUAACCAAGAAAAAAAUAUUUGUUCUAAAAUAUGGAAUAAAUGUGAUUAAGAAAGCAUUAAAUUUACCUUCCUCAUACAUAUUGACAUAUUGUUACAACACUAAUUUUAUGUUUUAAAACAAAUUAUAAAAAAAACUAUUUGUAUUUCUUGAAAAUUGUUGCUUCAAUUAAUGUUUUGCAAGAUAAAACCUUAUAAUUCCAAGCGGAAAAUGACUUUUUAGAAUUAGAAGGUGGCUGCUGGCUCCAUUUUCCAAAAAUCCCCAUUUAAAAAUUUGAGAGGAUUUUGAUAUUGUACAUUUAGAAUACAUUUAGUUAACACUUGUAUAUCAUUUUUGCUAUAUGGAAUGCAAAAACUUUGAAGCUCAAUAUCUCAAAACCACUCAUGGUGCGUUCACACCAGACACAAAUGAAGCGUUAAGCGCAAGUGAUUUACAUGUUAAGUCAAUGCAAAUACGCGAAUAGACAUCCUGCAGCGCGAAUUGAGCGUUUCGGGCGUUUGACGAGCGUGAUUCGCGCAAAUCUCGCGAGUUGAAAAAUCUGAACUUUGGCGAAAAUUCGUGCCACGUUAACCAAUAAGGAGCUUGCUCUAAUAGUGACGUGAUUACGACGUAGCGAAGGAGGCAGAAAUCCGAAACAACAAUGGAGGACAAAAUCAUCGUCUCUGUAUGUGGAUACCCGGAGCUGUACAAUACAUCUUCAUACUUUUUUAGAAACAGGAAUAAAAAGGAUCUUGCUUGGUGUGUUACUUUGUGCACAACAUAGUAAAUCAUAAUUUAUAGCCUAUUUGUUACAUAAAAAUAUUAUUUCUAUGUUAAGACUAGAAUAGGCUACUUACGGCAAACAUUUGUACAUUCAUUAUAAUUAUAUCCUAUUGCAAAUACACUCACAAUAGUAUAGUAAAAAAUAGUUGUUUGUGAUUGGACCAGUGUAGUGUAAUGAGACUGGAGCCUCCUGGCAGAAGCCCCUCCUUGACGCGAAUUCGUGUCUGUUGUGAAGUGAAUUUCACGCGCGAAUGAAGCGAGUAAACUCAAAAUGUUCAAGCGUCCAACUAUGUGCGAAUAGUGCGAUUUAUUGAUGGAUUGCCUGAGGGAAGAAACUGCUCCUGUGCUGGUCGUUCUGGUGCUCAGAGCUCUGUAGCGUCGACCAGACGGCAGCAGUUCAAAGAGGGAGUGUGCUGGAUGUGAGGGUCCAGAGUGAUUUUGCCAGCCCUUUUGCUCACUCUGGAUGAGUGCAGUUCUUGGAGAGCGGGGAGGGAUGUACCAAUGAUUCGCUCAGCAGUCCGGACCCCCUUCUGUAGUCUUCUGAGGUCAGAUUUGGUAGCUGAGCUGAACCAGACAGUUAUUGCAGAGGACGGAUUCAAUGAUGGCGGAGUAGAACUGUUUCAGCAGCUCCUGUGGCAGGUUGAACUUCCUCAGCUGCCGAAGGAAGUACAACCUCUGCUGGGCCUUUUUAACAAUGGAGUCUAUGUGAAUGUCCCACUUCAGGUCCUGAGAGAUGGUGGCGCCCAGUGUAGGGAGUGAAAUUAUUUCCUUAUGAAAUUAACUCCUCAUAAAGUCAAAACUCAGGAACAGAUGCCAUGCAAUAAAACCAUAAAACUAAUCUGGGAAAGGGAUCUCCAAAGAAAGCAAACAACACCUCUCUCCAUGCUCAUUUACGACCCCAUUCUCCCGCUUAUCCUUUCUAAAUUGGCUUCUAAUUGUUUCAUUAUGUAAUUGGCAUGAUACAACUUUACCUGAUUAAUAAUAAAUUCUUAUAUUUGAUUUAUUCUGAACUGUCCUGAAAUUAUUCUGACUAUUAGACUGUGAGGAGGCUUUUGUUACCGCAAAUCUACGGCAGGGAUAGGUCAAACUGAAGGCUCAUGAAUGAACGUAGGCAUGUCAUCUGAGAUCUUAGAUUUCUGUCUAUCACUGGUGCUAGCAAGUUGUACGGGAAAAGACUAAGUAAACUACACUUUUUGUCAUAAGCAAGCAGUUGGCGGCAGACAAUGAUCACUUGAAAUCGGUGUCAGAUUGAACAUGGCGCUAGACUAAAAUUUAAACUAAAUCCAGAAUAAAUCCAGAUAAAUUCAGAAGCACAAGUAAAAGACCGAACAUGCAUUAAACCUUCGACCAGGCCACUGGCUUCAAACAGCACCGCUGCUCUGCCAACUACAACGUUCAGCAAAACAUCCGAAUAAUCGAAAACCGGUGAAAUAUCGGGUGGUGUGUACUGCCGAAUGUCCAGCAAUUUGUCUCUGGUGAAACUGAUUGCAGGGAUAUAACUAAAGACAGGACAAACUAACAAAAACAUAAAAACAACUGUGGACGACACUAUGGAGGCUGCCAUCUUGGAUCAAAUCCAAGUAAACCACAACUAAUAAGACUUUUUUUUUUUUAUAUAUACACGUUGUGUUUUGUACAUGUGCCAAGAUAAUAAUCAAAUGCAAUGACCUUCAUGCAGUGAGUGUUCAAAUACUUUUAGGGUACACUGUAUAUAAACCUAUUGUUAUUAUUUUAUCAUGUAAUGUUUAAGUGUAUAGGGUGAAGCAUUAAAAAUAUGGCAAAUUUUAAUGUGAUAAUCAAUGUAAAAAGCAAUAAAGACUAUUUGGUGUACCUGUGUGAUAUUACUAAAGUGAAAUACAGUGUGGUGACGUCACC